CUCCUGACCUCAGGUGAUCUGCCCACCUCAGCCUCCCAAAGUGUUGGGAUUACAGGCAUGAGCCACUGCGAUAGCCUAAAUUAUUGAUUUAUAUCCCAACUGUUUGCCAAAAGGAUUAGGUGACAUAUUAUACAUGCACAAUAAGACACUGAAAACAUAAAUAGAAAGCUGUUUACCACAUCACAGGAGAGAAGCAUAUGUGCUUAACAACUGGGCUUCCAGUGUGCCUGUACUUGACUGGCAAUAGUGACGCUGUACUUCCUGGCAGCCUAGGCAAAAAGGAGGGCUCAAUGGAUUCCGCAGUUCACGUGUCUUGCAACCAGUUAGUCAUAAAACCAGAGCUUCUGCUUGGGGAGGGGAGCAGUGGGGUGAUUGCUCCCAGAUGUGGACAGCUCAGCAAGGGCUCCAGAAUGUGUGUAUGAGUGGGUGUGUGUGUUGUGGGGAGGGACAGAGGGAGCAGUGUGCUGUGACCACGGUUUAAGUACUGGCUGGAUAGCUCCUUAGCAGGAGAAAGGCUUUCGGACAAUAGCUCACAUUAGGGGCAACUCUUCUAGUUGGCAUCUCAGUGUUGGUCAUCUAAAUUCAUGUCUUGAUACUCUACUGCUAUAGGAUUUAAUGCAAAGAGAGAAGAGAGGCCUGGUUCCAGAACAUUCCAGGUAUCUUGCCUCUUUGGUGAAGAUGAACACAGUGGGUCACCUGGGCUUGGGUCUUCUGGAUAUGCCUGGGAAUAUGAAGAAUGCAGCAUUGCUGUGCAUGGAGGAUGAGACCCUGUAGAAGAUGUGUCAAUUGAAGAUUGCUGUAGGCUAGUCCCAGCAGGGCAGUGACUUUUGAGAUGGUUGAUGAUGUGUUAAGCUUUGUUUUCAGGGAACGUGCUUAUCAUUGGAGGUAUCUGUGACUCACCAUUGUGAUCAAAAUUAGUUGUGAAUUCUGGUCCUGCCACUGUCACUGUUGAUUUGCUUAACCUUGUCUGAGCACGUCUCUCUGGGCUUUAUUUCCUCAUGUAUCUCUGAGGUCCUUUCCAACUGGAAGUUGCAAAGAUUCAUUGAGGGGAGCAAGGAAGGAGGAGCCUCAGUCUGUAGGAGCUUUCCUUUCUUAAAGAAAAAGGUCAACCCCUGGUUCUUAUAGAUGCUCAGAACAUGUUCUUGGGGGAAAACGCUUAAAGGUUUGCUUUGGGCCCUGCUGGGCCUGGGGAGGUCUCUGGAGAAGAGCUUGGGGCAGAAUCAGAAGCAGCAGAAGCUAUGGGUGGCUGCAUGGAGGAUGAUGCACCCCACAAGAGAAGUGAGACCCUGGAGCUGAGGGAGCAUCAUGGCAGGCCUCAGUAGGGCUCUCUCUUCAGUUUUUCUGGAGGCCAAGGAUGCCCAUUCGGUCCUGAAACGAUUCCCUCGUGCCAAUGAGUUCCUGGAGGAGCUGCGCCAGGGCACCAUCGAGCGAGAGUGCAUGGAGGAGAUCUGCAGCUACGAGGAGGUCAAGGAAGUGUUUGAGAACAAAGAGAAAACGAUGGAGUUCUGGAAGGGAUACCCAAAUGCAGUAUACUCAGUCCGAGACCCCUCACAGAGCUCAGAUGCCAUGUACGUGGUGGUACCCCUUCUGGGGGUGGCAUUGCUGAUUGUCAUCGCCUUGUUCAUCAUCUGGAGGUGCCAGCUGCAGAAAGCGACCCGUCACCACCCCUCCUAUGCUCAGAACCGGUACCUAGCCAGUCGCGCCGGGCACACCCUCCCCCGGGUCAUGGUGUACCGGGGUACCAUGCAUAGUCAAGGGGAGCCUUCUGGGCACCGAGAGGCAGUGAGCAGCCCCCAGGUGGUGGUGGGGCCCAGUCGGGGGGGCAGGACCACAGUCCGACUCGAGAGCACUCUCUACCUCCCUGAGCUCUCUCUCUCCAGACUGUCCAGCACCACCCCUCCCCCCUCCUACGAGGAGGUGACUGCGCCCCAAGAGAGCAGCAGUGAGGAGGCCAGCAUGUCUUACAGCGACCCACCCCCAAAGUACGAGGAGAUAGUGGCCGCCAACCCUGGCGCUGACAAAUAGUGGGACGUUUAUGCCCUGUCCCGGAUGAACGCCUCUUUCUGAGGUCUCAUAUUUUCUUUUGAACUUUUUAAAGACUGUGCCACCACAAAACAGCCUUAGCCUCCUUGUUGCCAAAUAAUUCCCUAACUGCGGAGUUUUAGGAAGUCAGCUGUCACAGACAAGUGGGGAGGGUGGGGGUAGGGACCACGCAUGAGUCAAAGCUCCCGGAAGAGCCAAAGGCCAAAGUGCCCAACUCUUUGGGAUGACCCCCAAGCCUCCAACAUCCUGUCUUUCCAUCAGGAACUGGCUUCUCUUAUGCCAAAGGAAUCACCCCAUUGAGUUGAUUGUAACCAGAAUGUCCAAAGGCCCGGCCUGGGGGCUGUGGGGCUGGCUGGAGGCCUGUCUGUGUCUGGAGCCCUGGACCACAGGGGUAAGGGAGGGAAGCCAGCCUUUCAGCACCCCUUUCCCUCCACAGUUCUGUGCUUUCUGUCCUUGCUUAUAUUUGGAGGACAGGGACAAGGAUUGAGCAAAAACAAAGUGAAAAAAAUCAUGACAAAUAAAUAAUGAACACAAUAGAA